CUUAAAGAGAAAAAGAAAAAGAAAACCUAGCUAUAUUCUGUAUACUACUAGUACUACAGCUUCUUGAACAGAUUCAAAAUGUGGAGGCUCCAAGUUGCAACAGAAGCUGAUCACGGCCAGAAGAAUGGGGAUAUCAAUAACAGUGUUGGAACAUGUUUGUGGAAGUUUGAUGCCGAUGCCGGAACUCCACAAGAGCGGGCACAAGUUGAGAAUCUCCGGGAUGAAUUCCGGCGCAAUAGGUUCCAUGUAAAGCUAAGCGCUAAUCGCCUCUUGAGAAUGCAGAUGGAGAAAAAAGAGAUGACACGGGACAACAGUGAUGACACGUACGACAUAAAACUCACCAAGGAGGAUCGUGAUGUAACUAAAGACGUCGUCACUGAGAGCUUGAAAAGAGGCCUUAACUAUUAUUCCCAACUCCAAGCUGCUGAUGGUCACUGGCCAUGUGACAUGCUUGGUCCCUUGUUCAUUGGUCCAACAAUGGUACUUGCAUUGUACAUAACAGGCGAUCUAAAUUUGGUUUUAUCAUCAGAGCACCAGAAAGAAAUGAAACGUUACAUAUACAAUCAUCAGAAUGAAGAUGGCGGAUGGGGACUAAAUGUGGAAGGGCACAGUACGAUGUUCAGUUCCGUGAUGAAUUAUUUGGCGCUCCGAUUAAUGGGAGAAAAUCUGGAAGAGCAAGAUGAUACUGAACGAAGAGAAGCUUUGGCUUUGGCUCAAAAAUGGAUUAUUGACCAUGGCACUGCAAUUGCAAUUCCUUCAUGGGGAAAGUACUUGUUAGCGAUACUAGGUGUUUACGAAUGGUCAGGCUGCAAUCCUGUGCCUCCCGAGUUUUGGCUACUCCCUUCUUUCUCACCCAUAAGUCCAGGAAAAAUGUUGUCCUUUUGUCGUUUGGUUUAUUUACCAUUGUCGUACCUAUAUGGAAAGAGAUUUGUUGGAAAGACAACAAAAUCAAUAGUACGUUGUUUAAGAGAAGAAUUGUACACUGAACCAUACGAAGAAAUAGAUUGGAUUAAGGCUCGGGACAUCAGUGCCAAGGUUCGGGAAAAUCCUUCGGGUGACUUCACCAAAAUGUAUAGGCAUGCAACCAAAGGAGCUUGGACAUUUUCAGCUGCCAAUCAAAAAUGGCAAGUUUCAGAUUGCACGGGAGAAGGGCUAAAGGCAGCUUUGUUGCUAUCACUACUUUCCCCGACUAUUGUUGGAGAAAAAUUGAGUGAAACCAAUUUGCAUGACGCUGUGAAUAUAAUUCUUUCAAUACAGAGCCCGAAUGGAGGGUUUCCAGCAUGGGAACCAGCAAGGGCUUCUCGUUGGGUAGAGUCGCUGAAUCCAAUAGAGUUUUUCGAAGAUACCCUCAUUGAACGAGAGUAUGUGGAGUGUACAUCCUCAGCAGUACAAGCAUUGCUACUAUUCUCAAAAUUACAUCCAGGAUUCCGGAAGAAAGAAAUACAAAAGUGCAUUUCAAAGGCUCUCCAGUACAUUGAAGAUUCUCAAAAUUCAGACGGAUCAUGGUAUGGCCGGUGGGGAGUUUGUUUCACCUAUGGGACUUGGUUUGCCGUGGAAGCCUUGGUGGCCGGCGGUAGAAAUUACGAGAAUUGCUCUUCGCUCCGAAGGGCUUGCUCAUUUCUGCUGUCAAAACAACUCCCUUGUGGUGGUUGGGGGGAAAGUUAUCUGUCAUGUCACAACAAGGUCUAUACAAACCUUGAUGGUGAACGGCCGCACGCAGUACAAACAGCUUGGGCACUCCUUGCUCUGAUCAAAGCUGGGCAGUUGGAAAGGGAUGCGAAACCCAUAAAUCGAGCCGUGAAGACGCUGAUCAAUAUGCAAAUGCCAAACGGUGACUUUCCUCAACAGGAAAAUACUGGAGCUUUUAUGAGGUACUGCAUGUUGAACUAUACUUCCUACAGAAACAUCUUCCCACUUUGGGCACUUGGUGAAUACCGAAGCCAUGUUUCUUCGUUCCAUGAAUAA